CCGACCCUAGCUUAGCCUCAAUACUAUUUCGCGGCACUCGCGGCCUUCCCCGCGCUACAACAUUCACAGAAACCUACCAAAUUACCGCAGCAAAUAUUUAUCACAAAACCAAAUAUAUGCAAUAAUAAUAAUUCUGUAUCAUGCGGACACGUAAAUCUUUAGAAAAACCAUCAGCCUUUAUAAAUAAUAUCAGAGUUAUGUUAUGAAACGCUGAAGUUAACUUACAAAAUGCUAGAUAAUUCAAUGCAAGAGCUGAAUGGAAGUGGACCCAAGAAGAGGAGGAACUCAGCGGAAAACAUCUGUGAUAAGGAUGAAAAUGUACACAUAAGCCAGGACUUGAAAAAGAAUGAUGAAGUGAAGAUUCAUGAUGCAGCGCCAGACCGAGUGGAGUUACUUCAUUGGCGUGACAUGCCCAAGCAUCUACAGUUCAAUCCGUACGUCCUGACAGGCUACAGGCCACUUCAGGAUGUGAGUGGAUGCAUACGAAGCCUGUUCUACUUCCACAAUGAGACAAUCAACAUUCUUACGCAUGGUGUCUCGCUGGUCUUCAUGAUAGCCGUUCUGCCAGGUCUCCUGCCGUGGAGCGUUGGGGGCUGGUCGUGGUUCCUGUCACUGUGCCACCUCCUGGGAGCGUUGGCGCCCUGGUGCGGCUCCUUCCUGUACCACCUGUUCAUGAACCACACCCGAGGGGCCGGCCUUUACCACAGGCUAUUGCAGCUGGAUAUGUUGGGGAUCUGGGUCAGUCAGAGUAUAGGCGCCAUUCCGAUGGUGACAGCCACGGUGUACUGCGCUCCUGCAGUUCUGCGAUAUGCUGCCCUGGCAGUCUACAGUCUUGGCAGUCUUCUUGGCCUGUAUAAGGCGAUGCGCGCGUGGUCGCCGUGGGAGCGGAGGUUGUGUUUCGCUGCGCCGUUUUGUAUGCGGUUGUUGCUGGCAGGAGCUCGGGCCACCAGGUUCGGUGGUGGAGACCCUCACGCUAUCCUUCAUGUCUUCCUACAGGACGCAGUGUCGCUGGGCGGCGGUGUGAUCGGCGCGCUGCACAUACCGGAGAAGUGGUUCCCGGGAUCCGUGGACCGCUGUCUCAACUCCCACAACAUCAUGCAUGUCUUGGUUGUCCUAGCUGUCUACUCCAUGCACCAGGUGACCACCCGGGACCUGGCGUGGAUGUCCCACGUCGACUGCCGGUCUACAUCUCCGCUGCGCACGCUCUGACGAUGCCCUUCCACUUACCUCCACACCAAACUAAUCUAAUUGCAAUUUAUUUAUAUGUCCAGUUAUUGUUAAGUUAACGAGACUAUCUAUAACGGUACAACACUACUGUAUAUUAAUUUGUUAACACUAAUUAUUAACAAUCCAUCCUUACUCCUAAUCUAUACAAAUUUUGAUCCAAAGAUCUAUAUAGAGUUGUAAUGCAUUAACAAAUUUAAAGGCAAAUAAAUGUAUGUAGAAGAUUCUGAUAGCUGCAUUGGAUGUGAAGGCAUUUCGCAAAUGAAAUGUUAAAACCAUUGCUUUUGCUAACUGAGCAACUGAAACUGAGUCUUAGUGUUAAUAUGGUUGUUGUAAAAUGGGAUGUAUAGACACAAUAUGCAGGCUGAUUUGAGAUAAUUAAUUUGACUUUUUUACUUAGGGAAAUGGUAGUGUAAUUGCCAACAAAGGCCCUACAGCAUGUACACAUCCCUUUAUAGGCUAACCCGCCCAAUAUUAAUUUUACUUUAAGUCUCGUUGUUGUCGAAAUUAAGUUGGCUUCGAAGUUUUACAAACUGUAGGUGUAACAUUGGCCCCAAUUUUCUAGCUACUUGAGUGUCCUGUGUGAUGUGUCGUAUGUAUUAGGCUAUUAGAUCCCGCGACCAUCUUUAUACAAAACAGCAAACGUAAUCACUGAACCACCGCGACCGCUCAUCCCAUCAUUAGUGUCUAUACAUCCCAGUGUUAGUUCUAUACUUCCCGUUUUGACGUUUGAUUAUCGUAAAUAAUUGCAAAACCUAAAAUAAUGGUGUCAAUUAUGAGCUAAAUAAUAUUUAUUUAUUUGUCAAUUUCAUUGCUAAAUUUAUGUAUAACCUAUAUUUUUUCAUUCCUAUUGAUAACUAACGAUGUCCGUUCCGUCUGCUUUAAAAAGAUACAAAGAUGUCAUGAUUAGAGAAUCAUUGUGAUUAAUUUAUACAAAGAAAACAAAAAAUAUUUUUGACAAAGUAGCGCUCUUUGUCAAAAAUAAUUCUUCAGAUCGGAUUAACAAAUAGGUGCUUGACAAUAACAAAUACGAUACAAUUUUCUUCUAAAUCAAGUUAUAGUAAUAUACGAUAGAUUGAUAAGUGACCCUGCCCAAUGAGCUAAAGGUCCCGUGUUCGAAUCCCGGCAGGUGCAAACAUAUUUAUAUGAUGAGUAUACAUGUUUGUUUCAGAGCUAUGGAUGUUAAAUGUAUGUAUCGCAUAUAAAAAUAUCGUUGUCUUGUACUCAUAGGCGUACAGGCUCUGUCUUUUUGUUCUAUGUUUGAGACAAGAUAUUUAGUGCUAUAGCGUGUCAAUAAUUUUUUUUAAAAAAAUUAUGUUAACGCGAUUAUACAAACAUUGAAUGAAAUAAGUCACACUUUCCAAAUAACGCAGACAAACGGACAUCGUCGAAGUAUAUCUGACAUAAUACAUCUGUAUAUUUGAAAGUAUUAUCUUUUCGUCUCUAAUCUCUUGAUCUUGUCCAUAAAUCUUAUUCGCUUUUAAAUUAGAAUAAGUAAACAAAGCAAUACUCUCGACUAGAAAGAAAUUAAAUAGAUUAAUUAAUUCACUAUAAAGAUAAGUUAGAUGACAAUAUAAUGGCCUAUAAUAGCUUCAGUUGAAGUCCUUCUAAUGUAGUUAGUGAUUAUAUUAAUUAUAGUUUGAAGACAAAUCGGCGUUAAAAUAUUAUUAGGUGUAAUUUAGAUAUCAAAAUAAAAGUGCAUGUCCUUCACGAGUAUUGUGAACAGAGAAAUAUAUGAGUGCAUGGUUUACCCCUUCAAACAAGCGUACAAAGAUAUUCCUUAAAUAUAAAACACUAAAGUAUUUUAAAAGAAUGUAUGGCAUAGGCUAUUUUUUUAUUACAACCAACCGUUCUUAAAUCUGCUUAUGUUCAGAAGAAUCUACCAGAAACUGCUCUUUUAAAAGUAAUUUUAAUAUUAUACAAUCAGUACCUGGUCUAUUAAUAUGACUUUUAAAAUAAUAACAAAUUAAAAAUGGCGUUCAUACAUUUAUGGAGAUAUAAUACAUUCGAUAUGCCAUUCAAAGAGCCAUAUAAAAAUAUCGUUUUUUCAAUUUAUAAUAAUAAUAACUAAUUCAUUCAAAUAUUUUCUACGAUGUAUUCACCAAACUUAAUUUUAACUUCAAGUAUUUGGUGUGAAACGGUACAUAACGUCGCGGAACGUUAGUGAUUUUUUUCUACAAGAAAAUUUAUUUUAAUGUUGUUGCGGCUGUUGUGGUUUUGGUAUAUUAAUAUUGCAAUAAUCAUGUAUUUAAAAAUAAGAUCUGUCAGCAGAGCACGCGAUGAGAAACAGAGAAAAAAUAAUCAGAAUUAUUAAAGGCAGGCAAGACAAAGGUAGACAAAUAUACGGUCUUGUAAUUGCAAAACAGUUCAGGCAUCCGUUAUUACUUAUACCUCAAAUAUGUUUGUCAUCAAGUAACAAAAAAAAUACUCAAUUACCGGCAGGAAUGUCUAAGAUCGCUUAGUGCGGAUUACGAGUUUCCAAAUUAAACGAAAAAGGGGAGUUUGAGUUAUUUUUUUAAUUGAAAAUAACCAACCAUCUAUUGACAAUAAUGGUAAAGAUCAAAAAUAAAAACAAAUUCCAGGGAAAGUUGCUUACGCAGGUUUGGUCUACGUCUGGGUUUUUAAGUUUUUGACAUUGUAAUUCGUGAAGUACCUAGGUAAUUAAUUCCCCUUAUACUUCAUCGAAUCCAUAUUUAGGUAUUACCCGAUUCCUUGAACUAUUAGGUUUUUUACAAAUAAAAUCAAAACAUUAGCUUAUCUGACUGAUAAUCAGAAUAUAACUUGACGUUUAAUGUAUAGGUACUUAUAAAUAUGUUAAUUACCUUAUAAGGAAUUAAAUGCAGUGGAAGUUGGAGGUUUCAACUAUCAAUGUUGGGUUCUAACCAACGCGUGUGGCAUGCGGAACAUGUGGAUUUAUGAACGAUGUUCCGUGUGUGCGUUUAGUUUCCGGCGCUUUUUACGGAGGACUUAAGAACGCGUCGUCGUCUUACUGUCGCCUAACUAUCGGUUCUGCCUAGAACUGGUUUAUCUUAGGGUUAACUAGAUAUAUCUAGUUCGAAAAACCUUAUAUUUUGCAUUUAUAUCACUAAAAGAGUAUUCGAAUAAUAAAUAAAUUGCAAAUACACCUAGAUAAGAAACGUAAAUAUAUAACUAUUUAACGAACUCAUCCGUUAAGGACAUGCACUUUAAGUAAUAGGUAAUGAAAAUUGUACAACGUACAACAGGAAUGUUGCUCAAAAUUUCUGUAUCUAGACUAAAAUAAUGUAGUACCUAAUUGCUUUGUUAGUGAGUUUAGAAAAUAAUUAUUGCUUUCUUAGUUUGUUUAAAAGUAGCUUUUCAGAAAAUUGCAGUUAUUAUAUUAAUAAUAGCUUGGUUUUUAGUGGUCUGUGGAAAUAUGGUAACAGUAAUAAUAGGUAUUUGUCCUUGUGAGUUUCCCACCGACAAACUAGUCGUCAAAUAUUUGUAUCAACAGUUUACUGUUUAGUUCCUUAUGUAACCGCUAGAGGCGUCGCGGUCGUCCUGUUUUCAUAAAUAUCUGCGUAUUACGUCAUGUUUUGAGGAAAAUGUCGGUAAUGAUCAUUUGGAAUGUUUAGAUCAGUAUGUGUAUUGAGCGAUUAGAAUAUAAUUUAAAUAACAGUAUGGGUUUUCAACAAAAUCAAUAAUUGGUUUGUCAAUUCCUAUUUAAUAUAGCUUUUUGUCCUUGAAAUUUAAUUUUAAUAACGGGUAUAAUAAAAUUAAUAAAAACAAGUAAUAAAACAAAACAUUAACAAAAUUGCCUAUAGUAUAGAAAAAUUGUUAUUUGAAUUGGAUUUUAUUAUUAUAAGUACAUCAUGUGGUCAUGAUGUAAUAAACCCUGCUUUUUCGUGGGAAGAGGGAGGCUAGCUGUCCCAACUCCUAAUGUAUUUGGAGAACCAUGUACCUACCUAAUUUUAAACUUGCCUUCCAAUACUUAAUACGUUAUGCUACUUAAAUUUAAGAUAUAAAUUAUAAAUAUAGAUAAAUAAAUAAUAGUAGGUAAUUUAGAAAAAUCUUGAAACGACCAAUUGGUGUUUUUAAAGUUUCAGUAGUUAAUUCGGUAGCUGCUCUCGCUUUCAAUCACUUCGGCAAUUAUGACGUACCGAAGCGGCUACUCAAGAGAUUUUAAUAUUUCCGAAUGUUUUUAACCGAUUUCGAAAAGGAGGAGGUUCUUUUAGCUGUAGAUAUCAUUCGUUUUAAAUAAGACAAAUUUUAUGUUCGCUGUCAUAUUAACGGAGCAACAACCGGAGAGGAGAUAGUUGAUUACCGAAACGGUAAAAGAUUGAGGUUCUUAGAUAAUUUAUACGUCUAGAUAAAAAGUAUUGCUGUUUGCUUGCAGCGACGCAUGACAAUAGGCCAGGUUUUUUACUUUAGUGUACAUGACAGCUACGUCUUACACUCGCGAUAUGUUAUCAUUUUGUUUUAGUGUGCGCGCAUUGCUGGAAAUCAAGAAACAGCUUUUUUGGGCGUGUUCACAGCUGUCACAGUCUAUCUAGAGUCUAGAUGUAUAAAUUAUCUAAAGUUUGGUUCUUUGUGACUAAGAAUAUGACAACGAACGGAUGCUGCAAUAGUUUUAUAAAUUUAUAUGUUAACAAAGUAUUGACAAUUAGUAAACUCACAUAUUCGGCAUAUGGACUAUAGCACAAGCUAUGUAUCUUAUAAAAGUCAUAAACAGCUCCACAUUAGCUCCACAAUUGAAGCUCCCACCCUAACAUGUCAUUGUCUUAACACCCUUCUGAUGUUAAACUUAUUAACAUAAUUGUUAUUUACUUAUUAUAUUAAUUAUAUCUUCUUAGUAAAUAAAGCGGUAUAUCUUCAGAGGUACUUAUUGUUGAACUUCAUAGAUUAUUUAUCCCUAUUCUAAAAACAUUAAAAUACAGUCAAUUCAGUCGCCGAUUAAAGGUGUGCGAGGAGUGGUUAAUAGUUAUGUAAUAUAUUAUGUAUACCACUCUUACCCCCUUAUUCAUAAACAGGACAAAAUAUACUUGAUCAAGGACUACGUACUGUGAAUCCUUCAAAAUUAAAUAAGCUCCGAGUCCCAUUCAAAUGUAAUAAUUGAUAUAAUGUUAAAGACAGUUAGUUAUUUUGAUAAUUACAACAAGCAGUCACAUAAUCAAUUCAUUCUUCUGAAUGUCUCAGCGAGUCGUCAAAAUGAUUGAGUGUGGUUUCUGCUAAAUAGUUUUUUUUAAAUAUAGAGUUCUCCGAAGUACACACGUGCCUUCUGCGAGGUAAUCAUACGUUUUGAAAGUCACGUUCCGGUACAUAUUGUAUCCUUCCGGCUGAUGUAAUGUGCUCCAUGUAUUAGGUAUCGCCCCUCUGGGCUGCCCAUGACGUCACUGUGACGUAUACAACAUGGCCCCAUUUCCCCGUUGGUUACAAAUAUCGCAUUAUAAUGGUUUUAAUCAUAAAAUCACGCGUCAUACGAAAUAUUCGGAACAGGAAAACAGUUUAAGUUUUAGUGAUUCGAUUUGUAAUGUAAGUUUUAAUGACUGCCUGUCUAUAAGAAAGUAGUUCAUCUGUCGAGCCCAUUCUCGAAUGACGCUCAUUAUAUCGUUUGGGGGUCAUUUGUAUAUCGGAUAACGAAGAAACCUUUUCGAAUGUAUGUACUUAAAUGUUUUGGUUUCUUAAAGACUCUGUACUAAAGUCUAAAAGACCAUAAGAUUAGGGAUACAUCCGUUCCCGUUGCGUUAAGAGCCGUUACUCUGGAGGGGUUGAUUCCCAUCGUCUAUAAAAUGUGGCAAACAAUUGUUAAGAGAGCGGGAAACCAGUUAAAAUUAGAUCUGUGUCUAAAAUAAAUUCAAUAAGUGACCAAAAGCUUAUUACUCAGAUGAAGGCUUGCAUCAUCAAACUUGUAAAAAAUAUUCUGUAUAAUAUAAGUACUAUAUCUAUCACAUUAGGUUUGGUUGAUACAAAAACAAAAGUGUCAGUACAUAAUAAUAUAAAGCGUUAAAUACGAGGAAUAAUGAUGUUAAUUCUUGUAAUAAUAAUAAAUUGGGUAUCUCGAAAGCAGAUUUAAUGAUUAUUUAGAUGAUUUACUACAUUGGGAUUUUUGGAGUCAAAAAACCGACCGAUAAAGUCGCACCCUUAAAAAUAAUAAUUUGAUCAAUUGCGCAGAUGCUUUAAUGGCAAUUUACAUAGUUUGGCAGCGCAUGUCUUGGCCUUUGGUAUUACCAACGUCUAUGGGCCGCUGGUUUAUAUUUCCCACCAAGUGACGCUCCUUUAAGCCUUUUGCCCUCUUUGUUAAAAAAAUAACAAUCAACACCAACGAUCUAUUUUUAAAAUGGUGUCGUUCAUUAAAGUUCGUCCCCAUACUCAAGACAAAGUUGACCAGACAGCUUACUCAAAUAAAUGCAAAAGAAGCCCUGGCUAUCAAAUAAAUCCAGUUAUAAAUACUAAAGCUUUUAGACGAAUUUUGAUAAAAAUAAUUGAACGUAGGUACCUAUCUCCGUAUACAAUCCUAAUAUUUGAAUAGUAGAGGCGAUACAAAUGAUUUUUUUAUAACGAACAGCACGUUCAGUUAAGGCCAGUAUACCUGAAUAGUAUAGUGUCACCAACUUGUCUGUGAACUGAUGGGUGUCGCGUCGCCGUCGUCGUUUCAGUGUUGCUAAUUAUUUCCAAUGUGCACAAAAGUCGGGGCAUAUUUAACUCUUAAGAUUCAGAAGUACCUAUCGCAAUAAAACACACGGAACACUCGAAAGUAGUAGACACUGACAGUCGAAUGACAUUUCAACAUGGCGACCGUAGUUCCUAUUUUUGCCACUUCACAGUUAAGUUGGUAUCACUAUAAAUAUUUUACUUGUAACCUUGAAACAUGUUUUCAUUUGAAUGUAAUAUGAUAUGAGCCACCUGUAACUGUGUAUUUGAUGAUUCGUGUUGGCGAUAGUCACGUAUCCACAUCUCAUACUUCAUGUUAACAUCCUCAUAAUCUGCUCGUGGGAAAAAAAGCUAAUUUUAUUUUUAAGAAUUUCCUGCAUGACGUCAAAUACAUGAUGGGAACAAUCAGAAGGCAUCAAUCAAUCUUAAGGUUGACUUUGAUUGAUAACCUGUGGAGUCUUAAUGGUGUAUUAAGAAUUUGCAAAUAAAAUCGACAAUUUUAAGACUUUUAACAGCAUUUAGUAUUCAACUUAAUCCUUAUUGACGAAUUUAUGUAUUAUUCCUAUAAUGUGCAAAAUUGGCUAAAUUUGGCAACUUUUAACGUCUUAGAGAGAAUUACACCAUUGUGUUUUGAAUGCAUUCAUAUAAGCGUAAAAUAUUUUAAUUAUAAUAUGGUUUAGUACCGGCAUACAUUUUAGCCUUUUAGAGCUGAAUUAGAAAAAAUAUCCAAAUGAUUAUCCAUACAAAGAUAUUAGAUUCGUGUCGUACUUUUUCAAAACUAAAUAGCUUAUCGCUUAAACAAAUAAGAGAACAUUUCAGAUUUAAAAUAAUAAAAAAAAAACAUUUAUUCUGACUAAGUACCUAGUAUACAAGUAGACUUAUUGUUAAUUUAUAUUAAAUUGCAGAAUUGGAGUUAUGAUAGGUGAUAUGAUCAGCGCUGGUCUUCCGGAAAACCCCAGGGAGGUUUUAAUGUUUUUAUUUUCUAUUAAAUGUGUGCGUAUUUCAGUAGUGGAAAGAAUAUAUUUCUCAACAUAAACAUCGCUUCUUAUUUCUGGAAUGUGCCAGAGUACCUAGAUUAUCCUGAAUGAUAACAGCUAAAACUAAUAAUAUAAUGUAACUGAGCAAUAUAUUCAGUAUUAACUAUGUACAUAUAUAUAUUAGCUCAUUGUUAUGGCACUUUUAACAUAUUAUUACAACUAAAUACAAAUAUUACUGUAGCUUGGAGCGCUUUAGGUACGUCUAUCCGUGUAACUAACGAAAAAUUAUUGCCCACAAAGCAGCCAACAGCACUUUGUCUUAAAAUGUUUUAUUUUCACAAAACUUUAUAAGCGGACAAAUGUUAAUACGGCCAUCUUAGCCACGGACUAGUAAAAAAAGAAGGACUCCGCGCCGUGAUAUUAGCAAGUGAAGCACCUUUAUGCUAGUGUGUGUGCGGUUACGGGUUAUACCAGUAACACAAUUUUUUCUCCCUUAAAUAAUCAUAUAUCCACAAAUAUUUUUAUGUUAUUGUUUAACACUUUUUCACAGCGCACGACGGCAUUUUUAAAAUAUUUUAUUGAGACGCAAACUGAUCUGUCACAGACCAUGACAAUUCUCAUAAUGGCCGCCUAUCGGCCUGUAGUAGUGU